AUGCGCGGGCGUAUUGCCACAGUCCUCGCGGCCCUGCUCUUCCUCACGAUCAUCUACCUCUGCACACCCAAGUCCGCCUAUCCAUUACACAUCCCCGGGGGGUAUCCCUACGUCAAACCCAAAACCCCCGCAAUCUACGCCCCAACCCCCAACCCCCCCUCGACCACCCCGCCGCCCAAGAAAGUCAUCGUCAAAGUGCAGCUCCCAGGCGAGGACCUUAGCUGGCUGUUGAAGCUACUCCCGGAAUGGCGCAACCAAGUCAUCACCCUCGACUUGAAAUUCGCCCGCCUCCACGACGGCGCGCAGCGCGUCGAUAGCGGACGCAUCGCCGACGCGUACCUGUCGUGGAUCGUAACCAACUACGCCAACCUAGCCGAGACGAUGGUAUUCGUGGCGCCCGCUCUGGCACAGCAGGAAGCCGAUGCGAUGAAAUGGCGGCUUCCGAACCAAGAGCUGAUCUCUGCAAUCCAGCACGUGCGCAUCGAGGAGGUUCGGAAGCAGGGGUUUGCGCCGCUGAGCUGUGCGGCGGGGACGGCGUGUCAGGAGGCGAUAUCCCCGCUUCGCGAGCCACCGGAUGAGUUCCGCACGCUGGAGGUGAGGAUGGCGAAGGCGUGGGAGGGGCUGUUUAACAACACGCUGGUCCCUGCCGAGCUGGCGAGUCCAGGGGGAAGCGAAUUCGUCGUGGCGAAAGAGCAGGUGCUGAAGCGCAGUGUUGAGGAAUACACGCGGUACUGGGAGUGGCUAGCCCGGACGAAGAUGGACGACGACAGCGCCGGAGCGUUGGUGCAGCGCCUGUGGCACGUCAUCUUCGGGCGGGCGAGCGUGUGGUGUCCGGGGGCGAAGGAGUGCGAAUGCGGCGUCUUCGGACGGUGUUAG